AAAAAGAUAUAUAUAAAUAUAAUAACAAGCUGCCCCCUCCCUUCCUCCUCGUUUUGAUUCAGUCUAUGUAGCUCCACGCAGGAGGAGAAGGUCCGCCGCGCAGCCAACAGUCAACACAGAAAACAGCUGCAAGCGGAGACUCCACAUCAACAAGCUGCAUGAGGCAUCUGGAAGAUAGAAGAUAGAAGGAGAAGAAGAAGAAAAGAGGAUUUGACGAGGAUACAGAAGAGGGUUUUCAAGAACAGAGGCGUGGAGCUUACAAGAAUAUCCUACAAGUGGUGAAGCGAUGGUUUAGCGGAGCAAUUUGGUCCAUUUUUUUCCUCUUUCCCCCCCACCACCUCCUCCUCCUCCUCCUCACAGCUGUUAAUUCCGAGCAUCUGUGGACUCUCUUUGGGAAGGGACAUGGCUGUUUUCCGAUUGUCGCUGCUGCUGCAAGUGGGAUUUGUGAUCGGAUCGAGCCACAAAUGGUCAGAAAUCGGUGCACGGGAGGAGAUCCGCGGCGCUCAGACGCACCACCGUCCGCAGCUGGCGCAUCUCCGUGCGCCUCAUCCACCUCCUCCUCCCGGGGAGACGGCGGCGGCGUCGGAGCUGCCGCAGAAAAUCGAAGAGCUUCUCCCACGGGUGGUCACGGCUUUCCUGCACACGGGGGACUCGAGCACCUUGAAGCACGCCAACUGCUCGCGGAAGUAUGAGCUCACCUCUCUGCGGGGAAGGUCACACGCAGCCCCUCAUCGCUCCAUGGGCAGCGUGCUGGAUACGGUGCUGCACGCCACAAACUUCCUCAACAUGAUCCUGCAAGCCAACAGGUCCAGGGAGCAGAGUGUGAGGCGAGACAUGGAGUGGUACCAUGCCCUGGUCAGGAGCAUUCUGGAGGGAGACGCCAAGAUCCACCGGGCGGUCGUGACUUUUAGCGGGGAUGCGUCCUUCUCGGGGCCCUCCGUGCUCCUCCAAGCCACCAGGGCCGGCGGGGAGAUCGUCCUCCAGGAUCUGUCCAGCGUGGCCCACCACCAUCUGCACAACCGCACCGCAGACACGGAGUGGUACCACGAGAUGAAAGACAAGAAGAGCCCCGGCUUCCAUAAGAGGGUGCUGAGCCAAGAUCUCAAAUCGGUGGGCAAUUCCCUGAGAAGAGGGGAGAGUUUUAUCCCGGACAAGACGCACGUGAAGUGGUCUGCGCCCUACCUGGAGUGUGAGAAUGGGAAUUUUGUCCCCCGUUGGCUUUUGACACUUUCUGCUGCCUUCUAUGGCCUCAAGUCCAACCUGGCUCCUGAAUUCAGGGGCGUGGUGCGAGUGGACAUUAAUCUGCAGGAUGUUGAUAUCGACCAGUGCUCCAGUGACGGCUGGUUUGCUGGAACCCAUCGAUGCAACCUGACCACUAUGGAGUGUUUGCCGAUCCGUGGUCAUGGAUUCGUCUUAGACAAGUACAAGUGUCACUGCAAGAAGGGAUUCUACCACCCCAACAGAGUGGCUGUGAAUGGAUUUACACGGAUGGGCAGGAAGGGAAAAGCUGCAGACAGCGGCCCCAACGCAGACGAAGGUUCUUCCAGCGACUGCCUGCCGUGCCAGCAGGGCUGCGCUUACUGCAAAGACGACACUCCAUGCGUGGCAAGAGAAGACGGAGCUCUUCGAAUGGCCGUCCUCUCCUUCCAGUGCCUCUGCAUCCUCAUCGUCUUCAUCAGCAUGGUGCUCAUAUACCACUUUCGCAGGAAUAAGAGCAUCAGAGCAUCAGGUCUCGUCCUGCUGGAGGCCAUCCUCUGUGGAGCUCUGCUUCUCUACUUUCCGGUUGGGAUUCUCUACUUCCAGCCGAGCGUUUUCCGCUGCAUCCUGCUGCGUUGGGUUCGACUGCUGGGUUUCGCCACCGUCUACGGGACGCUGACUCUUAAGUUGUACAGGGUGCUGAAGGUGUUCCUGUCCCGCACGGCCCAGAGGAUCCCCUACAUGACCAGCUGGCGAGUGCUGCGGCUGCUGGGCAUCAUCCUGCUCAUCGUGUGCUGGUUCCUGGUGGCUUGGACAUCUGCCGUCUGUCAGAACCCGGACCGGAAGUCAGCUCUAAUCGACGUGGGCUACACCCCCGACGCCCUGCAGUUCAGCAUGUGCCUGCUGGAUCGCUGGGACUACAUGAUGGCCGUCGCUGAGUUCCUCUUCCUGCUGUGGGCGGUGUACCUGUGCUACGCCGUGAGGACGGUGCCGUCGGCCUUCCACGAGCCUCGCUACAUGGCCAUCGCUGUUCACAACGAGCUCGUUCUGUCGGCUAUAUUCUACGUCAUCAGGUUCACUCUCGCCCCUGAGCUUCAUCCAGACUGGAUGCUGCUGCUGUUCUUCACCCACACUCACCUGACUGUAACAGUUACGUUGGGUCUACUACUUAUUCCCAAGUUCCUGUUUGCUGGUACCCAUAUGAGAGACGACAUUGCCUCCGAGGCGUACGAGGACGAGCUGGACAUGGGUCGUUCUGGGUCGUACCUCAACAGCAGCAUAACAUCGGCAUGGAGCGAGCACAGCCUGGACCCCGAGGACAUUCGGACACCAGACGAAAUGGGCCAUCUCAGUUCUAUUAAUGGCUGUGGCGUAAGAUCUUGCGACAGUCUUUGGGAAAAACGUACCAACGAAGAGCUGAAGAAACUGUACUCCCAGUUGGAGAUUUACAAGAGGAAGAAGAUGCUGGCAAACAACCCUCAUCUGCAGAAAAAGCGUAGCUCUAAGAAGGGACUGGGUCGUUCCCUGAUGAGACGCAUCACUGAGAUUCCCGAAUCCGUGCAUCGCCAGUGCAGCCGGGAAGACAAGGAGGCAGGGGAGCAUGGCAGCAACCGCAACAGCAUCUGCAUGUUGAAGAAGAACCCUCUAGAUCAGACUCAUGUCAGCAAACCGGCAAAGGAGGAGACACUGAAGAACAAGGUUUUCUCUCUGAAGAAGUCCCACAGUAGCUAUGACCAUGUCCGAGACCAAAGUGAAGACUCCAACAGCUCAAUGACAGACAAGAUGGAGGUGACUCCAGCUGAAGGGUCUCUUCUGGAUACACUAAUGGGCAAGAAGCUGGUCAAGAAGAAGUCCAGUGAGAAUAUAAAUGUCGCCAGUGAAUCGACAGAAUCAGUUCCUUUGGUCUGCAAGUCAGCCAGCGCCCAUAACCUCACUGCAGACAAGAAACCAAUCCAUCCCAGAGCCUCCAUGCUGCAGAAGUCCCUCAGUGUCAUCGCCAGUGCCAAAGAGAAGACUUUGGGCUUGACUGGAAAGACCCAGGGCACGGAGGACAGCAGUAAAAAGAGUCAGCCAAAGAGCAAAGAUGCAAAGGCAAACGUGGAGCCAGAGAACGAGACUCCACCCAAGAUGAUUAUCAGUCAGUCGGUUGAGUACAAACAAAGCACCACAAAAGGCAGAAUCAUGAAGCAGCCAGUGAGCGGCAGCCAGCCCACAAUCUGCUCCGAUCCUAUCAAGGGAAAGGACCUGUAUGACCUCUCAGAAGUGUGCCCCUGGGAAGUGGAAGAUCUCCCAACUCCGUCUGAAAACAAGGUGCAAAAGCAUGUGUCGAUAGCACCAAAGGAAACCACAACAGUUCACGGAGGGAGCACCAAAGGAGGCAAAUCUCAGCAGCAGAAGCAGAAGGCUUCAGAUCAGUCUCCAUCAGGCGGCAGGCACUCCAAAGAGAUUCAGAGGACGACAGCUGUCCGAGCAGAGGUAUGUCCAUGGGAGGAGGGAGGUGACAGUCAAGCGGAAGUGUCAAAGCAACCAUUAUCCAAUCAGACGAAGGCCCAACAGCCUCAUCCUGCAGUAGAAAGCUCCAAAACACAUCAAGCAGAUGUUUGUCCAUGGGACUUUGAAGAGCCACAAAAGCCAACAGAGUUAGCUCGCUCAGCCGACAUGACAAAGCAGAAAAAGGGCACCUCUCCAGUGGAAGCGAGAGGGAGAAGCGCCCUUUCAGAUCCACCCAAAGUGGGAGCAUCGCUUCAGCCACUAACAUCAAAAGCUGACGUCUGUCCCUGGGACUUCGACAGCACUGCAGUAUCCCCAACUUCCGAGAGGACGCCGAGUCCCUCGCAAGCAUCCAAAACCAAGGAAUCCCCUUCAAAAAAGAAAGGCACCCCUGCCACAAGAACAGUUGAGAAGGAGAAAUCAAAAGACACUGACGAUGACAAAAGUAGAACAAAAGCUAAGGACAAGAGCAAAUCUUCGGAGAAACACGUGAGCCAACAAAAAAUGGCCGAGGUUUGCCCGUGGGAUGUGGAGAGUCAUCAGGAGGUGCCGCUGGUAGAAAAAAGGAAAAGCGCUAACGUUGGAGCAGCCAAGGCAAAGCCGGCUGAAGUGUGUCCGUGGGAUUAUGAGGAUACGUCAGAUAAAAAAGGUACAGACAAAAGUGCUUCUGUAGUGAAACAGAGCAACCCAAAUUCUAAAGGUGGGGCUGCGAGUGUUUCAAAAAAGGCAGAUGUUUGUCCCUGGGACUUUGAGGAUAGCACAUCGAGCAAGAAGGCAUGACAGCCAACCUUAAUGGACCACUGAGAUUAUAGUUAUUGAUGUAUACUUUUUUUCACUUUGAAAUCGUUAAAUAUUACCUUUUACUAUUAGUACGGUGACUUGGAAGCAAAGUUGAUCAAGUUCCACAAGUUGCCUUCCUUUCCGAGGUUUUGUUCCUGUUUUACCUAUUUUGGAAAUAAGUAAAAUGUACAAAAAACCUAAACAAAGUCAUGAUGAGCAUUCCAGAUUAUUACAGGAAAAUCCUGAUGAUGAAUCGUUGUCUACUUAUGCAACUUUUAAUUCAGCUGAACAUCUGCGUUCAUCAUGUCAACAGUUCUUACUUUUUGCUUUGCUUCAUCAGUUCUUGGACCGGGAUACGACACGAGAGUCGAGAUGUAGAGAAAAGAAUGUGUGUGAAGACGAAGGAUGAAAUUAAGGUCGAAGUACAAAACAGCAAAAGUGAAAGCCAAAGAAUAAGAGAGCAUUUGCAAAGAAGGAUGUUAGUCUUGAGGCUGUAAAGUUAAAUUAUUAGUUUUGUGUCUUUGGCACCGAGGGACUAAAAUCAGUCUAUAGCACUUUAGCCAACUCCAUAAAUUUACAAGCGAGGACAAAAAAAAUGUACAAGAAGAACUUUGUCCCUUGACUUUGUCCUUCCUGUACAUUCUGUCCUCUUCUUUUCAACCUCACGGCUUGAUAUCACACCGGAUAUCACGCACUGACCAAACUCAGAUAUGUUCUUUAUUUAGAUCUAUUUAAUUAUAGUUCUCUGCAGAUUCAAAUGCUUCCAAGUCUGCAGAGAUGUACUGUAUGUGCCUAACUAACUAGCAUUGUCUUGUAUCAGUCUGAAGGGAAACAAGUGGCUUCUUCUUCAGCAUUUUGUGACGGUGAAAUUAUAUAAACAGCAUGCACAGCCAGGUAUCAAGAGUACCCUCCCGGUUUGUCAACUAAAGCAGCUAAUGUGUUGACAGAUAUAUAAUGUUGUUUUUAGUUUUUGAAUACUGGAGACACUCAUGUUUCCUGCUUUCAGGUGUCCAAAAGCUUAAGGGAUGGUGAAGAUUAUAUGAGAGCAGCGUUGACGUGAAUGUGUGUGUCAAAAUGGCUCGUGUUUUUCACAUAUGUAAAGAAAAAGUAGGGAUGGAAAAUUACAGAGGGAAAUAAUUUGCACCAGCUUUGUUUAUGAAUCCAGCAUGUGUGUGUGUGCGUGUGUGUCUGUGGACACAAUAUCAUCAGAUUAAUCGGAAAAAUGUGAUGCAGUAACCUGAAAAUUUACACAUGAUGAAGUCCUGCCUUCCUGUUUACAGUCCUACUGCCUCAAGAAAUGCAAAAAAAACUGUCCAGCAGGUUAGCAACUCUAUGUAACAACAAACCACUGAAAGAAUUUUGGUUAAUUAAAACCUGGGUUUUAUUUUAGAGUUUUGGAUGUCAGGAUUUGUCACACAGGUUUGAACCUCCAGGUUAGAUCAAGUUUUGUAGGAAGCGAAUAGUGGAAUCAUUAGCCAAUCUGUCUCUUCUAAACAUCCAUCACAGUUCUAAAGCUUCUUCCCGUAUCUGUGCAAUUAUCUAUUAUCAAAGCUGAUCUUGAUCUUUAGUCUGAGCUGUAAUUUAGUUUCAUUUAAUUUUUUCGGGCGGAGACAGAGUUUGUUGGGAAGGGAGUUUAUGUUUGUCCAUUUUCUGCUAUGGAAACGUUGAUAGAGGCAAUGUUUUUCCAAGAAAUUAGCUACUUUAAGGGUUGUCGUGUCUUGACCUUGACGUAGUACAACUUGGGCAACUUUGCCAGCCACUUUCUAACCAUCAUUCUGGCAUUUUUCAUCGAUCUGGUUAUUUUGCUGGUGCUUGGAAGAUAUCUUUGUUGAUCUUAAUUUAUAUUUCUGCAAUGAAUCUGUGGCAUCAUCUGAUAUGUACCCCACAAAAUAUGUAACCACAUGUUGCAGAGAGGCAGACCCUAUAAAUUGUGAUUGGUCUGCUUGGUAGUAAUAUGGUGUGUUUACAAGGCAUAUUGAUUUGCAACUGCUAAAUGAAACAAUAUGUAAUACGUAGUAGGCUGUAAAUGAAUGCAGUGUUCCACUAAACUCAGCCAAUUCCAACAUCAAGUAACUUUUCUUUAGCAUUUCUCGGCUCCACCUCCUACAUGGUCUGCUCCAUUGUUUUGUUCAUAGUAGCAUAGAAACCCAACCUUUGACUAGCUUUUAUGUGGUGUAACUGCUCAGACACACCAGAACAUAAGGAAAAUGCUGCCAGGCCACAACUUGUUUAGGCUAUAACACGGGCAUUGUGUAUUGUUAACAUAGGGGAUAAAGCAAGAUUAAGAUGCUUCCAUACUUAGUAUGCUAUACUAUACUCAAGUAUGUCUGAAACAUACUUAGGUGUGGUACACAUCUGGUAUGAAAGCUUUGCCUUCAGAAACCUGCGCAUGCAUGCAGAUCUCCCAUACUUUUAUCUGAUUUCCUGCAUAAAUAUGGGGUUUGAAAACAGGAAAAAUGUAUUCCUAAGCAGCAUCAACCCUCCUGUUGUCUUCAUUUACAGGCACCAAAAUAUUGUUUGCUUGUCUGAAAAGAACCCAAAAAUUCAGCAAAAAAAUUUCGUCAAUUUUUUUAAAAAAUUGCAAAACCUUCCGGAAGAAAAUUCCAACAAUUCCUUAUAAGUUUUUUUUUUUUUAAAAAGUCCCCCAAAUGUGGCCAUGAAAUUCUUGUGAAUAUUUUAAAAAAAUAAAUAAAAAUCUUCCCAAAAAGUCCUGAAUAUAUCUAAAAUGAUUACAUGUAUGUCAGUAAAACUUCUAAUAUUUUCUUUAUAAACAUUCACCAAAAAAUUCAACCAAAAUCCAGCGACAUUCGCUGCAUUUUGGUUGAAUUUUUUUGUGAAUGUUCUGGAAGAAACAUUUUUAGCAUUUCUUUUUUUCCCACCCACAAAUGUUCAGAGAUUUCACAAAAAUGUUCAAAAUGGGGACAUCAGAAAUUUCACUGUGAAAAUAUAUAUUUUUUCCCCAUUUUCAAACUUUAAAGCAGGUGAGGACAACACGAGGGUUAAUGUGAAGCAUUGCUGCGUUGUACAGUUAGCGGCUAGCUCCUCAUGUCCAAUCUGAAUGCUCCUUUAAUUUCAUCUAAGAAGUCCUGUUUGGAUAUUUCUCCAUCUGAGAGUAACCUAAAGUGAUCUGAACAAUUGCUUUGUUUACUUCCUUAUUUCUAGGUUAUAGCACUUACAUUGGUGAGCACGGUGUUAUCAUAACUGAUAGAAAUAGUUGCCAUAAUGGCCAAAAUAAAACCCAGGCUUGUAAUUGACCAGAUUUGUCAUUUAACAUAUUGAAAUAAUAUAAUUUCACAUUACAAAACCUAUAGUGUUUUGAAUUAUUAAAGGUUAAACACUGUGUUGCUGCCAUCAGUUUUUCUUUGUGUGUCUGCAUUUAAAGUUGAAUUAAAAGCCCAGUUGAUUAAUCAAAUAAUUUCAGAAUCAGGCUGAGCAUUGUGGUUACAAAUUCAUAAUCUGACUAAAUUCAUUGAGGAUAUUCCAGUUGUUCUGUGUUUCUGUCUAAAUAUUCAACAUGCAUUCUCCAUCCUGGCGUUUAAAAGAAAAAGGAAAAAAAUCUCCCACUUAUAUUUAAAACUGUAGCUGUUGAAAUCCUGACAAUAUUUGAGGUCGUGUGAGGAAAACUAUGUAUCGGUAUAGCAUCUGCAGUGCUUUAUGGUAUCUUGUGAGAAUUCCUGAAUGUCGUCACUGAUUGUAACUAUCUGUAUUCGCUGUCGACGUCCUCAUGACAGAAAUAUCUGAGCUCCGUGGGGGUCUUUACUGAUUGUGAUUAAAAACCAGUGCUUGUCAGUGAGAUCUUGAUUAAAGACAGCUUGCUAAAUUUCUUUUUGGCGCAGCUCCACUGAAAACAAUCCAGCUGCAAAUAUUUGUGUCUGAUUUCAUCUGAAUCUCUGCAAACAUCUCAUAUUUGCCGUCGCCUCCUGAGAAAUUACCUCCGUCCUCUGAAAUCUUUCAGAUGCGGAGUGUUUACCUGUACGGCGUGAGAUUAGUCGUCACCUCUGCUUUAUGAGCUCCUCCAGGAAUGGUGUCUGAGAACAACUGUCACCAUGCACAGAUUGAUUGUAAUGCUUUGAUGGAUCUGUAUGAUAUUUAUGAACCAGAUGUUAGGCGUCAUCCAUCAUCUGCAUUGUGGUAGCGAACACAGCAUCCUAUUAAACGGAGGAAUCCUGAUCCCUCCUAACGACAGCAGUGACAUUUCAAACCCCCUUUUCUUUCUUUCUUUUUUUUUUUUUUAACCCCGACUUUAAAGUCACUGCUGUAUCUGAUUUUACUGCCCUGGGUGAUACAUAACAGGCUGCCUCUUUAUUGUCCCUGUAGGAAAGAUGUUUUAAACGACGAGCUGUGUCUACCUUCAUGCUAAUUAUUUUGCAGUGCAUGAUUUUGAUAAAAAUUCAAUCCAUUUGUUUGAAUAAGAACCAAAAUGAGCAAUAUUUUGUGGCAUUUUUGAGCAACGAAGUCAUUUUUGUGGUGUCAAAACACAUUUUUAUUCCUUUAUAAUGAUUUUAACCCUCGUGUCGUCCUGCCCGUCAAAAUUGACCCGUUUUAAAGUUUGAAAAUGUGGGGGGAAAAAAUAUUUUCACAGGGAAACUUCUGAUGUCCACAUUUUCAACAUUUUUGGAAAAUCUUUGAAUAUUUUUUGGUGGAAAAAAUAAGUGUUAAAAACGUUUCUUAAGAACAUUCUCAAAAAAAAAAAGCAACCGAAAUCCAGCGAAUUUCACUUUGAUUUUUAUGUGAAUGUUCUUCACCCUCCUGUUGUCCUCAUUUACAGGCACCAAAAAAUAUUGUUUCCUUGUCUAAAAGAAAUCCAAAAAUUCAGCAAAAAAGUUCCACAAAUUUCAGAAAAUUUACCAAACAUUCAGGUAAAAAAUUGCAAUAAUUCCUUAAAAGUUUCAUUUUAAGAAAUCCUCCAAAUUUUAGUCAUUUAAAAAAAAAAGAGUACAAAUCUUGAAAAAAAAUCCUAAAAAUAUCUAAAAUGAUUACAUAUAUAUCAGUAAAACUUCUAAUAUUUUCUGUAAGAACAUUCACAUAAAAAUCAACCAAAAUCCAGCAAAAAUCACUGGAUUUUGGUUGAUUUUUUUGUGAAUGUUCUUAGGAAACAUUUUUAACUUUACUUUUUUUUUCCCCAAAAACUGUUCAAACAUUUCCCAAAAAUGUUGAAAAUGUGGACAUCAGAAGUUUCACUGUGAAAAUAUAUAUUUUUUCCCACAUUUUCAAACUUUAAGAUGGGUCAAUUUUUGACCCACAGGACGACACGAGGGUUUAAGAAAAGGUUUUGCAAGAUUUUUUUUGCUGAAUUUUUGAAUUUUUUUCAGACAAGGAAACAAAUAUUCUUUGGUGGCCGUAAAUGAGGAUAACAGAAGGGUUAAACUAAAAUUUUCAAGUAAAUUUAAGCAGAAAAAUGCAAUCAGUGCAUUACCAAAUCGUUAAACUAAGGAGUGUGUUACACGCUUGCAUAACAGUGGACCUACUUUUGAUUUGCAUAAAUUCAGACUGUGUACUUGCUGUAGGACUCCUCAGUUCAGUCAGUCCAUAGCUGUCCGUGUAUUAAAUCGUGUAACACAUAACCAGUGUCUGUUACCGUCCGUUUCUCUGGAGAUUAUCAUUGUAAUUUAACCUUCAUCAUCAAUGAACCGCUGGAACUUCCAAACUCAGCCGUUUACUUGGGUGUGCAAAAUCCGAGACCAUUGUUCUUGUACCACCUUGCCAUAGACGAUACCGUGUCCUGUAGCUUUUUUGUCCUCCAAUUCGGGUCUUUACCAUGGUGCGUUCUGUUGGCUAGCAGCUUUCAUUUUAAACCUGACGUCUAUUCUCUCUCUUGUGACCAAACCGAGUCACACGAUGGCAAAUACAAACUACUACUAUUGCUACUACUACUAUUCAAUGCUGUAACGUCGUAAAUCUUGCUCUUGUGGCUUCUGCAUGAAUUCAAGAAAUUAGUAGGACCGAUGUUUCACUGCCCUUGAUAGAACAAAAAAGAAAAAAAAUUGAUCUUUUAUGGACUGUUACAAGUUGUAUAGUGAGUGAUACUGUCCCUUACCCACUGUAUUAUGUGCUUGUUAUAACUAUUGCUCUAUGACAAGCUUAUAGCAUCAAUAUAUGGGAAUAUUUGGUAGAUUUAUAUUGUGUUAUAUUGUGAUAGCAUGUACAUAAAAGAUACCUCCUCUGCAAUAAAUAUUUAUAUGAAAAUGAA